UUGAAGCUAAUAAUCACGAAAGUAUCCUCGCCAUUGGCCCAUUUAUCUGCGUCAAAUUACAUCAACUAAUUACAAAAGUCUCCUCGUCUCCCAAACUCCGAAGAAGGAUUACCCAAGUCUUUCCUCAAAACCCUAAGCCCAAUCAUUCCAUCUUGUUUUUUUCUCGGUUCUGAUCUCGAUCUCCUUCUUGGCACUCUUUGAUUCGUAAUUGGGUUGGAUUGUUAUUGCGCUGAGAAGAUGUCGGGAGCUUUAGAUAUGACUCUUGAUGAAUCUAUCAAAAGGGGUAAGGCUGCGAGGUCUGGGGGAAGAGGAACUUCCCGCCGUGGUGGUGGUCGCCGUGGUCAUGGACCAAAUGGGUUUCUUGGUGGUGGAAGAGGAAACGGACCUGCUCGAAGAGGCCCUCUUGCUGUGAAUGCUCCUCGGACCUCAUCCUUCACCAUUAACAAGCCUGUUCGUAGGACCAGAAGUGUGCCAUGGCAGAAUGGUUUGUUUGAAGAUGGCCUAAGAGCUGCUGGAGUGUCAGGAGUUGACGUUGAAACCAGGCUCCAUAUUACCAACCUAGACAAUGGUGUGACAAACGAUGACAUAAGGGAACUCUUCUCCGAGAUUGGGGAGCUAAAACGUUAUGCGAUUCAUUUCGAUAAAAAUGGGCGUCCAAGUGGCACAGCUGAAGUGGUGUAUCCAAGGAGAAGUGAUGCAAUUCAAGCUCUUAAGAAAUACAACAAUGUGUUAUUGGAUGGAAGGCCUAUGAGACUUGAGAUUUUGGGUGGAAACAACUCUGAGGUUCCUUUAUCUGGUCGUGUGAAUGUGAACGUCUCUGGACUCAAUGGAAGGCUGAAGAGGACCGUCGUUAUCCAGCAAGGAGGAGGGAGAGGUUUAGGUAGAUUGAGAGGGAGAGGAGGAAGAGGUCCCGCUUCUGUCAAUCGCCUUCCUAUUCAAAACCAGCAUAGAGGAAUGAGAGGAGGAAGGGGCGGGUUUCGUGGUGGUAAGGGGCGUGGUGGUGGCAGCCGUGGCCGUGGUGGUGGAAGAGGGAACGGCAAGAAGCCAGUGGAGAAAUCAGCUGCUGAUCUUGACAAGGAUCUUGAGAGCUAUCAUGCAGAUGCAAUGAACACUUCUUAAAUAAAUCGAUAUAGAAUCAGUGUGUGUUUGUUACUACUUAGGCUCGUGUGUUUGUCUGUUACUACUUAGUGUCAGUGAUUGAAAUAUGAUGUGUUGUGCUCUUCUUUUCAGUGAUUUUGGUUUUGUUUGGAGGUUGGUACUAGUGUUAAGUAAAUGAGGAAUGUUUGUUUUUAAUCUAUUGGAAGUAUUACGAGUG